ACGUGUUUUAUUAAUAAUUUUUAACCUAAAAGAUUAUUAACAAAUAUUUAUUUCUAAUAAAAAAGUAAAAAAUGAGUGAUUCUGAUAGUGAUUCCGACGUAAGUUUCGACGAAAAUGCAUCAACAACAGAUGAAGAAGAUUUUGAAAAAGACCAGGCCGAAUCAACAAAACCAACUGAGAAUGAUGAUGACCAAGACGAAGAAGAAGAUGAAAUAUUUAAAAAAUUUAAGAAAGAACAACAAAAACAACGAAACCAUCCACCAGAUAUAGAAUUUGAAGAUCAUAUUGUCGAUUUAUGUUUUCACCCUACAGAGAAUCUUAUUGCUGUCGCAAAUAUUGUUGGUGAUGUAAGCGUUUGUAAAUAUUCGAAUGAAGAAAACAAUGUUAUUGAUACAUGGGAAUUACAUACACAAGCAUGUCGUGAUAUUGAAUUCGACGAUGAAGGUGAUAUAUUAUAUUCAACAUCAAAAGAUCGGACGUUGAUGGUCACUGAUGUCAAAACUGGAAAAUUAAAAGCAUUCGUAGAUGAUGCGCAUGAAGUACCGAUUAACUGCUUACAAGUGAUAAAUGAAGAUUGCAUAGCUUCAGGUGAUGACGAUGGGCGUAUAAGAUUUUGGGAUUUGAGAAACAAUACAAAGACACCAAUUUAUCAAACAAAAAAGCAUGAUGAUUUUAUAAGCGAUAUGGUUGUCGAUGACAACAAAACUUUUUUGAUUUGUGCUAGUGGUGAUGGAACUAUUUCCUCAAUAGAUUUAAAAAACAGAUCAUUUUUCUUACAAUCUGAGGAAUACGAUGAAGAAUUCACAUCACUAGGAUUAUUCCGACAUGGUCACAAAUUAUUAGCAAGUACAUCCAAAGGCAAAAUGUAUUUAUUUAAUUGGCGUGAAUUUGGAUAUCAUAGUGACGAAUUUCCUGGACCAAAACAAUCUAUUAACAAAAUAAUACCGGUUACACAAAAUAUUGUUGUAACUGGUAAUGAAGAUGGUAUUUUACGCGGUACACAUUUAUUUCCACAUCGACAACUAGGUAUUGUGGGUCAACAUCAAUUGUCUGUUGAGUGCAUGGACAUUUGUAAUGAUGGAACACUAAUUGCAUCCAGUUCGUUUAGAAAUGAAGUAAAAUUUUGGAAUAUAUCUUAUUUUGAACAUUUCCGUUUAACAAAUUUGAAAGAGAAGAAAAAUAAAAAACAAUUAACUAACAAUUUACCAUCAUCAAAACAAACGAAUCGAAAAGAUUUUUUUGCGGAUUUAGGAACGUAAUACUGUAGUUGUAAU